GUCCCUUUCCAACUUGAAUAUUUGAGCUACAUUUUUUGACUCUAAUCUAUAAUUUCUUGCUAAAAAAGAAUCAUAUAUAUGUAUAUUUAACAUUUUUAUUUUCUUUAUAUCCUUCCUUAUGUACGUCAUGAGAGGGCCAUCAUCAUAAUUAUUGAAAAUAUCCUUUUCUAAAUUUGCGAAAAAUACCAAAAAUAUAUGAUUAAGAAAUAGACCCAAAAAAACACUUGUUCACAUGGUUUUUGCUUCUUGAGAAUAUAUCUUUGAUCAUAAGUCAUAUCACAUGAAUUAUCUACUUCUUGAAUUCUAAACUCUCCUCUCUAACAUUAAUUAUUUCUUCUCAAUAUACCAUGGAAAUCUUUCAAGCCACUAAGGGCAUGAUGGUACAUAGUUUCAAGAGAUUCAUCACAUCAUUCUUUGUUGUAAUUUUCAUAGCACUUCCUAUUUUUCUCAUUGUUAACUUCAUGUACUCAAACUCAAGCUUCUCUCUCUUUGAGGGGUUAACAAAAGACAAGGUGCUACUUGUUGGAGAAAGUGAAUAUGCUAACAACACUACAAAUGUUACAACCAAUAUUGGAGGAAGAAUUCAUAACAAAUCAGAUGACAACAUCAAAGGAAGCUAUAACAAUAUUGUCAACAAUAACACCAUGUCAAAGGUGCAAGGGAAAAUUGAAAAUGAUACUACAACAACAGAAGGAAGAUCAGCUACAACCAUAGGUUUGAAGAAUGAGUCAAUUACAAGUUCCACAAAUGAUUCAAAUCUACAUAAGGUGCAAGGGAAAAUUGAAAAUGGUACUACAACAACUGAAGGAAGAUCAGCUACAACCAUAGGCUUGAAGAAUGAGUCAACUAUGCAUGCUGUAAUCCAUGAUGAUUACAAAGAGAAAUUUCUUGAUGGACUUUUAGCUUCUGAAUUUGAUGAAACAUCAUGCAUAAGCAGGUUACAAUCGCAUUUAUACCGCAAAUCUUCGCCUCAUAAACCUUCUUCAUAUUUGAUAUCGAAACUACGCAACUACGAAGAAAUUCAUAGAAGAUGUGGACCUAAUAGUAAAGCUUACAACAAAAUCAUGACAAAGAUUCUUCAUUCUAAGAACAUUAAGGUUGAUGAUGCUUCAAUGUGCAAAUAUCUUAUUUGGACCCCGGCUAAUGGUUUAGGGAACCAAAUGGUUAGCAUAACUGCAACAUUUCUUUAUGCUCUUCUCACAAAUCGUACGAUGCUAGUACGAUUCAGGAAAGACAAACAAGGUCUAUUUUGUGAACCAUUUCGAAAUUCGACUUGGUUGUUAUCAGAAAAAUCUCCUUUUUGGAAUCAAGAUCAUGUUGAAACAUACCAAAGUGUGAUAGAGAAGGAAAAAGAUAAUAAAAAUUCAAAAGUGGAUUUGCCAUCAUCACUAUUUCUCAAUCUACAAUACCAAGCAAAUUUUCAUGAGAAAUUCUUUCACUGCGAUGAUAGUCAAGCUCUUCUCAUCAAAGUUCCUUUGUUGAUUUUGCAAUCAGAUCAAUAUUUUGUACCUUCUCUUUUCAUGACACCUUUUUUCAACAAGGAAGUUGAAGCAAUGUUUGACGAAAAAGACACGGUUUUUCACCAUCUCGGACGAUACCUUUUCCACCCUUCAAAUUCGGCGUGGAGACUAAUCACAAAUUUCUAUGAAGCACACUUGGCUAAAGCAGAUGAGAAAAUAGGCCUUCAAAUAAGAGUGUUUAAUCCUAUUUCAACUCCACAAGAGGUAAUUAUGAAUCUAGUUUUAAAUUGCACUAUACACAACAAAUUACUUCCAAAAGUAAUUGAUAUGAAAAAUUCAAUGUCUACUUCAAGUGACAAAAACAAGACGAUUACGAAAGCUGUUCUUGUGGCGUCUUUAUAUCCAGAAUAUGGUGAGAAUUUAAAGACGAUGUAUAUGAAUAAACCAACGGAUACCGGGGAAGUAAUAGAGGUUUAUCAACCAAGUGGUGAAGAGCAACAAAAAUUCAAUGAUAAUAAGCAUAAUAUGAAGGCUUGGGUUGAUAUGUAUCUACUAAGUUUAUCUGAUGUGUUGGUGACUACUUCUUUGUCUACAUUUGGAUAUGUUGCUCAAGGUUUGGGAAAUUUGAAGCCAUGGCUUCUAUACAAGCUUACAAAUAAUGAGACUCAUUUUCCAGCUUGUGUAAGAGAGUUUUCAAUGGAGCCUUGUUAUCAUGCUCCUCCUAAGCAUUAUUGUAGUGGAAAGCCUAUAAAAGAUUUUGCUUCGUCUUUCAUUUAUACGAGAGAAUGUAAGGAUUAUUGGCCUGGUGUAAAGUUGGUAAAUUAAUGGUUUCAAAUAUUUAGGAUUAUUCGAUGAUAGUUAGCAAGUGUGAAGCCUAAGAUUAUUUACAUAUUUAAUUACAUUGCUAAUUGUACAUUUUGAAGCCUAUUAUGAAUGAAAUAAAUGAGAUAGAUAAGUGAAGACA